AUGCCUACAGUAAUGUCACAGCGCCUUGACGGCAAAACAGUCCUGAUCACCGGUGCUUCAUCCGGUAUUGGGCGCUCUACUGCAUUCGAAUUCGCUCGCACAUCACCACAGAAUCUGAAACUCAUCUUGACUGCCCGACGAAUUGAUAUCCUAAAUCAGAUCGCCAGUGAGAUUGUUCAAGAGGUUGGCGCAGGUGUCAAAGUCCUCCCCGUCCAGCUCGAUGUGAGUAAUGCGGACGCGGUACGGGACUUUGUGAGCCAAUUGCCAAGCGAGUUCAAAGAGGUCGAUGUUCUUGUUAACAAUGCGUGGGUUUUGCUCCUAUAUACUAGCUUGAGACUGCUUAAUAACUCUUUUUUGAAUAGUGGACUCGUCAAAGGUGUCGCGAAAGCACCCGAGAUCGCGGAAGAUGAUGUCGAAAUCAUGUUCAAGACGAAUGUCACAGGAUUGAUCAACAUGACCCAGGCAAUUCUGCCUUCGAUGCUUGCGCGCAACAACGGCGAGGGCUCUGGGGAUAUUAUCAAUAUCGGAUCUAUUGCCGGUCGUGAGCCAUACCCCGGCGGUAGUAUCUACUGCGCGACCAAGGCUGCCGUUCGAUCUUUCACAGAGAGCCUGCGCAAAGAGUUGAUCGCUAAGCGGGUUCGCAUAAUCGGUAUUGAUCCUGGUCAGGUCGAGACCGAAUUCUCGGUUGUUCGAUUCAAUGGCGACAAGAGCAAGGCGGAUGCUGUCUAUGCUGGCUGCGAGCCAUUGACACCGGAUGAUAUUGCCGAGACCAUUGUCUUUGCAGCAGGACGGAGGGAGAAUGUCGUUGUAGCAGAUACCCUCCUUUUCCCUAAUCACCAGGCGAGUGCUACCAUCAUGCACCGGAAGCUAUAG